UUUUGCUGUUAGCAGCUAGGCUGCUGGAAUUGUUUGUAGGUAAUGCAUCCCAAACAUCCCUGUUGGGCAGUGAAUUAACGUGUAACUCUUGCAGAUGGUGUAAGGAUGAAGCUGAUUUAGUUUUUGCGGUGGGAAGCAACUAUUAUUGCUACUGCCAAGUACGAUAACUGGAUGAAUGAAUCCACGAGGGGACCGCGGCAGGGGCCGGGGAGGCCGCUUCGGGUCCCGUGGAGGACUGGUUCAGGGGUACCGACCAUUUGUUCCUCACAUCCCAUUUGAUUUCUAUGUGUGUGAGAUGGCGUUUCCCCGAGUAAAGCCUGCACCUGAUGAGACGGCGUUCAGCGAGUGUCUUCUGAAAAGGAAUCAGGACCUUAGCCCUACACCUGCGGAGCAGUCCUCUAUUUUGUCCCUGGUCACAAAGAUUAAUAACGUCAUUGACAACCUGAUUGUUGCACCUGGCAACUUUGAAGUGCAAAUUGAAGAGGUCCGUCAAGUGGGUUCUUACAAGAAGGGCACCAUGACGACAGGUCACAAUGUUGCUGAUCUGGUUGUAAUACUCAAGAUCCUCCCUACACUAGAGGCAGUUGCUGCCCUGGGCAACAAAGUAGUUGAGACUCUCCGCACACAGGACCCUACUGAAGUGUUGUCCAUGCUGACCAAUGAGACAGGCUUCGAAAUCAGUUCAGCUGACGCUACUGUCAAGAUCCUCAUCACCACCGUACCCCCCAACCUCCGCAAGCUUGACCCUGAGCUGCACUUGGACAUCAAGGUGCUGCAAAGCGCCCUUGCUGCCAUUCGCCAUGCUCGCUGGUUUGAGGAGAAUGCGUCUCAGUCAACGGUCAAAGUUUUGAUCCGGCUUCUGAAAGACCUGAGGCUGCGCUUCCCUGGUUUUGAGCCCCUCACUCCUUGGAUCCUUGACCUGCUGGGCCAUUCUGCAGUAAUGAACAACCCAUCCAGACAGCCCCUGUCCCUCAACAUAGCCUACAGGCGCUGUCUGCAGAUGUUGGCAGCUGGCCUCUUUCUGCCUGGCUCCGUGGGCAUCACUGACCCCUGUGAGAGUGGGAAUUUUAGGGUGCACACAGUAAUGACUCUGGAACAGCAGGACAUGGUAUGUUUCACAGCUCAGACACUGGUGAGGGUGCUCUCUCAUGGAGGUUUCAGGAAGAUACUUGGCCUGGAGGGAGAUGCCAGCUACCUAGCUACAGAGAUGUCCACAUGGGAUGGUGUAAUUGUUACUCCAUCAGAAAAGGCCUAUGAAAAGCCUCCAGAAAGAAAGGAGGAGGAAGAUGAAGCUCUGGAGGAGGGAGGAGAUGCAGAGGAUGAGAGUAUGGAGACCCAGGAGUGAGGAGGAGUGAGUGGUGGCGGUUUUUAUUCAAGACUCCUGAACAGAAACACCAGCGGGAAGUUUUCACUGUUCAGACAGGCUUCAUGUAUUAAGUUUUGUCAUGUUUGAUCCCUUCUUUGAUUUGUACUUCCACUGUGUAACUACGUAAACUUUUUUUAAAUUUAA